UUUGGGCAAGGCUGCCGAGACCCGCAUGCGCAGUGGUGCAGUAUUGGAUCCGAGAAAGAUGGCGGCGCCUGAACCACAAAGGAAGAUACCUUUGGUGCCUGAAAAUUUACUGAAGAAAAGGAAGGCCUAUCAGGCAAUCAAGGCUACCCAAGCAAAGCAGGCGCUGCUCGAUAAGAGAAAGUACCAAAAAGGGAAACAGAUAUCAUUCAAACGCCUUGAGUCAUUUUUGCGGGACUCACAUCGGAAAAACAGAGAUGAUGUCCGCCUGCGUCGCAUGGAACAGAAGCCUGGAGCACUUCUUAUGCCUGAGGGACACAAAUUGGCAUUUGUUGUACGGAUAGCAGAUAUUAGAGGAGUGAGCCCGCAAGUGCGGCAUGUGAUUGAGAACCUUCGUCUUAGAAAAAUUUACAGUGGCACUUUCGUUAAGUUGUCACCAGGAACCCUAAAAUUGCUGCGAACAGUGGAGCCCUAUGUGGCAUGGGGGUAUCCCAACCUGAAAUCUAUUCGAGAAUUGAUCCUGAAACGAGGGCAUGCAAAGCUCAAAAAUAAAAAGGUUGCUCUCACGGACAACAUCCUGAUAGAGGAGCAUCUGGGAAAGUAUGGUAUCAUUUGUCUGGAAGAUCUUAUUCAUGAAAUUUAUUCAGCUGGGAAACAUUUUCAAGAAAUCAACAACUUUCUAUGGCCAUUCCACCUUUCAGUAGCUCGCCACGCUGCUCGUAACAAAGUGGGAUUCCACAAAGAGAUUGGUGAUACUGGAUUUCGAGGCAAUGGGAUCAAUGAGCUAAUUCGUCAUUUGAACUAGUCCUAGAUUGAUCUUUAUGCACAUUUGGAGGAUGUUCUGGAUGAUACUUAUUUGUACUCUGUGAGGUACAUCUGUUCUUUAGAGACUCCUGUAACUAUGCAUUGUAUCUGCUGUCUUCAGAAUGAAAUGAUGGAGCAACUAUUCCUUGUAAAUCAAAAGAUACUCAAGAUGUAACUUAAAUAUUCUGACCAAAUUGUGACUCUAUAUUCAAUCCAUCAUUCAAUCUUUAUUUGCAGUCCCCGACCCACUAAUGUGACUCUAUAUUGAAUGGAAGAACUGCACAAAGGACUCCUAAAAUGUUAAGAGUGUAACUUUAGCAUCCUCUUUCUGGAAGUAAUAUAUACAGUGGUGCACCGCAAGACGAUGUUAAUCCGUUCCAUUGAAAUCGCUGUUUAGCGAAAACAUCAUC